UUUACAAGCCAUAAAAUGUGCCGACUAAAGACCGCCGUUUUAUUCUUCAAGGUUUAAAAUAAAGAGAAGAAGAAAGGGGAAGCCGGAUGUUUGGUGUUUACGUUCUGAGUUUGAAGUAAACAGUGUUGUUUUGAAUGUGUUAAAUUGAGUAUACCUAAGUGACAUAUUAAAACUGGCUUAUUUUAGUUCAUCAUCAAUCUAAGAAAUUUUGCAGAGAAGGGAUUGGCAUCUCAGUUCACCUCUAGGAAAAUGUCUGAAAGUGCCAACAAGGAAGAUUUGCCUCCAGCAAAGAAGAUGAGAACUGAAGAGGGUAAUGGUCAUUUAGAUGGCAGUGUUGAUCAUGGCACAUCAGGUACUGACAAAGAAGGUCAUCGUUUUACUUCCUUUGAAGGUUUUGAAGUUGCACAAAUUUUAAACAAUAAUGAAGUAAACGGAUCUUUGGCCUUCCAGGCAAAGCUGAAAGGGAAGGAGGGGACAGCUGUUGUUAUGUUGCAGAAACUACCUUUUAAUGCAGAAAAACUUCCCGAAAUGUUGACAGAUGAGACAAAACUUCAGGAUUUAUUUGAAAAUGAUGUAUACCAUAACAAAAAAGUAUUACUCUCUCCUGAACUUAAUGAAGUGAAAGCAACAAUAGUCUAUCCGGCAGAAGAAAAGCACAUUCUGCGAUUUGAGAAACAAGAAUCUUCUUUUGUAAAUGAGACUCCGGAACUCUACAGAGAAGUUACCAAGCCUUUUAUCGAGUCCAGUUCCUUUAGUAAACAAUGGAUCUAUAACAUACUUGAACACAAGCAAGAAGUGGAGAGAAUUGUAUAUGAAGAUACAGAUCCAGAAAAUGGCUUUAUUCUUGUACCUGAUUUGAAGUGGACAGGAGAGCAGGUGGAGAACUUGUACUUGCAAGCUAUUAUUCAUCGGAGGGAUAUUACCUGUAUCCGUGACCUCAGAGCUUGUCAUAUUCCGUUACUGAAGAAUGUGUUAAAUAAAGGGAUGGCAGCAAUUGAAGAAAAGUAUGGCAUUCCAUCUCACAAGCAGAGAGUGUUUCUGCAUUACCAGCCAUCCUACUACCAUCUUCAUUUCCACUUUACUGCUCUGUCAUUUGAUGCUCCAGGAACAUGGGCUGGUAAAGCACAUCUCUUGUCAUCUGUCAUUAGCAACCUUGAAAUGUGUGGGGAUUAUUACCAGAAAGCUACAUUGCCUUUCACAAUUAAAGAUAACCAUCCUUUACGGCUGAAGUUCGAAGAAAAGGGACUCUUUUCUAAAUAGGAAUCACAAGCCUCAUGAAGCCAGUGCGCCAAAUUAUAUCUUGUGGUUUAACAGAAGAUUUUGUAUUUUGUACCAGAUAUUGAAGACCAUGUCCGUCCUCCUUUCAUUUUAUAAUUAUCCAUGCUACUGAAUUAUGAAUGAUUGAAAUGAAAGUAGUACAACAUGAAUAUGAAGGUAAAAUAUACAGCAUUUGAUUUUAAUUCUGUUUCUUUCAUGGUACAUUAGUAAUCAUAAAGAUUUAAAUUUUUCCAAUCAUCUUAAAUACUUUAUAUUUUUUAAAUGCUUUACACUUGUUUAUAAAUACUGUUUUGAAGAUGUCAACCCAAUAAACUCUGAAAACCUUA